AUGAAUGUGAUCGUGCAACUUGUCCUCCAGGUGAUCACGUAUGAGCUCGUAAGAUGCCAAGGAAGUGGUGGACCAAGCACUUUCGGAUAUGACGCGUCCUCAGCUUGCAGUAAACCGUAUUCUCGUGCUGGCCGUGCACGAUUAGCGAACCUUCCUUGCGAUUUUCGACGACAAAACUGGUGCACGAUAGCUGGCAGUUCUUAUCCCUGGCACGCUGUUCGUCGUUUCGUACAGGAGAAUCAAGGAUUAAUGAGACGUAUGUACGGAGACGAAAGACAUAUUAAUAUAUUAAGAGCGGAAUUCGAGAAAAAUGAUAUCGAAUUAAAGUAUGACGAAUAUUAUCAUCAAUUUUCCGAUGAUCAUAAGAGAUAUCAAUACACGCACGAUUACGAGUACUUCGACAGAGAAGAGGAGGGUUUAAGAGUAAACGGGCACGAGUUCGAGGGACGAAGCUUCACCAGCAGAUCGUUCAACGACAAUUCCGUGAAACGUUUGAGCAAAUUUCCAAAAUUGAGCGAAUACACCCGACCUCAUUUCCGACCGACCGAGAAAUCCACUACUUCAACGUCCACGACCACAGCAACGUCUAGCACAGCAUCGACGACCACCCCUGUCUCUACCACAGAAACGGUAUCACCGACGAUCGCCUCGACAAUUCGCGAAUCUAUCACAAAAUCCACCCCGUCGACCACGAUUUCAACGGACAACACGAAGGAGGAGAAACGGGAGAACCCGGCUGAAGAAGUGACAAUGUUCACAACAGUGACGAAUUCUUACGCGACGAAGGAUCAGAAUUUCAGCAUCAACGAAAUCCCGGAGCAGACAGACAGAAUCGACGAGGAGCAAGAGGAGGAGGCGAUUAGGGUGAUCGCGGAGGUCUCCGAGAUAAACGUGGACGAGACGUCGACAGUGAGUUUUCCAGCCACUACUGAACUACCGCCACCGGUUCAACUGGACAGCAACGAGGACCUGUUUGCCACGCCGAAAGAAACGACCGUUCAAGAGGAGGCGUCCAGCUCGAGCGAGCAGCAGGAGUUCAGGCCGCGACCGGAAUAUCGGCCCUCGAAUAAGCCGGAAGCUUCGACUAUAGAAGGCCAGCUGUAUCAGGACGUCGCCGCGAAAGAUCAACAGGAACAACCGGUUCUCAAGCUUCGAGGAGUUAAUGCUUGCCCCGUGAAAGAGGAAGUAGUGGCGCCAUUUUGGGCGAACAACACCAGAGGAGAGGUACUGGCACUUUUGAAUCUCUAUCCUUUCGAGCAAUACGUUCACUGGGAAAAAUGCACACACGAGAACAAGCAGAUGUACUGUCGAGAUGGAUGCAGAUGCGAGCAACAAUAUAGACUUCAUCGAUUGUUAGCCUACGAUCCGAACAACGAGUGUCGCGGUAUCUUCAGCGAUUGGUUCAAAUUUCCAAGCUGUUGCGUCUGUCGUUGCUACGAUUUACCUCUCGAAUUUCGCGUAACCUCUCGCUCUCCCCGUACUCAGAAACAACGUAUCAAAGUACGACCACCUAGGACUCGUUACACGUAA